AAAGCUAUUAACAUUAAGGGUUACAUGGUAGGAAAUGGCCUGAUGGAUGAUUUCCAUGACCACCGAGGUCUUUUCCAAUAUAUUUGGUCACUGGGUUUUAUCUCUGACCAGACACACAACCUCCUGAAUCUUUCCUGCGGGUUAGAGUCAUUUGUUCACCCGUCCGAAGCGUGUCAGAAGGUUCUGGAUACUGCAGACAAGGAAAUGGGAAACAUCGACCAAUACAGUGUCUUCACCCCAACAUGCCCUGCAAACGUCUCCCAGUCAAAACUGUUGCUAAAGAAAAGACCUAUAUUCGGUCGUGUCAGCGAAGAGUAUGAUCCUUGCACAGAGAAGCACUCUAGAGUGUACUUCAAUCUUCCAGAGGUUCAAAAGGCCCUCCACGUCCCACCCGAGUUUGCACCAUCCAAAUGGGACAUUUGCAGUGAUACCGUGAGUGAACACUGGAUUGAUUCUCCACCCUCGGUUCUGAACAUUUACCACGAGCUUAUAGCCGCUGGACUUCGUAUCUGGGUUUUCAGUGGAGAUGCUGAUGCUGUUGUACCGGUCACAGCAACCCGUUACAGCAUAGAGGCUCUCAACCUUCGUCCUCUGAGCCCAUGGUAUUCAUGGUACAUGGAUGGACAGGUCGCAGGCUGGACCCAGCAAUACGCAGGAUUGAACUUCGUUACAGUGAGAGGUGCAGGCCAUGAAGUACCUCUGCACAGACCGAAGCAGUCUCUUGAGCUCUUCAAGGCCUUCGUGUCUGGAAAUCCGCUACCAACGUCUGAGAAGAACAGCGGCCACAUGCCUGAACAAGCCAUUGUUGUCCCUGAACUUGUCAGUGAUGCAUGAUGAGAGCUCUGCCUGUUAAGGUUCACUGCGGUUUGAUCAGAAACUUUGAAAGAGCUAUUCUAGGAAUAAAGAGGCAUAUAAUUCAGACGUUGUUGUCAUUCUUGAGAUUACUGUCUGAAGCUUCUGAUAGUAAGAAAGAGGCUAUAUAAUAAGUGUCUGCAGCAUGUAAGCCUCCGUGGUUACUUGACUCAUCAAUAUAUGGAUACUGAAUAUUAUUUCGGUUCGGAUUUAAUAAAAAUGUAAUAAACUAUUUUACAAAUUAAUCGUUUUUGUGCA